UCCUCCAACCUGCACGGCUCCAACAUGGCUCCGCGUCUGUGCAGCAUCUUUGCGGCGGCGCGGCGGCUGCUGGGCGGCCCGGGGCCCGGGGCCCGGGACGUUGCGGCUGUGGCUGCGGCGCGCUUCUAUUCCAAGGACAAUGAAGGCAGCUGGUUCCGUUCCCUCUUCGUACACAAGGUGGAUCCCCGCAAGGACGCUCACUCCACCCUGCUGUCCAAGAAGGAGACGAGCAACCUCUACAAGAUCCAGUUUCACAAUGUGAAGCCCGAGUGUCUGGAUGCCUACAACAGCCUGACUGAGGCUGUGCUGCCCAAGCUGCACCUGGAUGAGGACUACCCGUGCUCACUCGUGGGCAACUGGAACACAUGGUACGGGGAGCAGGACCAGGCAGUGCACCUGUGGCGAUUCUCAGGUGGCUACCCAGCCCUCAUGGACUGCAUGAACAAGCUCAAAAACAACAAGGAGUACCUGGAGUUCCGAAAGGAGCGGAGCCAGAUGCUGCUGUCCAGGAGAAACCAGCUGCUCCUCGAGUUCAGCUUCUGGAAUGAGCCACAGCCCAGAGUUGGCCCCAACAUCUACGAAUUGAGGACAUACAAGCUCAAGCCAGGAACCAUGAUCGAAUGGGGGAACAACUGGGCUCGGGCCAUCAAGUAUCGGCAGGAGAACCAGGAGGCGGUGGGCGGCUUCUUCUCGCAGAUAGGAGAGCUCUACGUUGUGCACCAUCUCUGGGCCUAUAAAGACCUUCAGUCUCGAGAGGAGACCAGAAACGCUGCCUGGAGGAAGAGGGGCUGGGACGAAAAUGUAUACUACACAGUCCCCCUGGUGCGACACAUGGAGUCCCGGAUCAUGAUCCCUUUGAAGAUCUCGCCUCUCCAGUGAUGCUGCCACUGCCUCCACCUGCUCCCCCCUCCCCCUCAGGGUAGCCAUGGUCAGAGGAGCUCCCAGCCCUGCUGUCUUGGUUUUCUCUUGGACCCUGUGGACUCUGUGGGUAGUGCUCAGCUCAACAAGGGGGAGCUGAAGGAUGAUGGGGUUAUGAGGACUUGCAGCCCUGUCCAGACCCUUCUUACCUUCCCCACCUACCCCUUCCCCUGCGCUGGAAGCAGUUGUUAAUUUCUCAGAAUGAAGAACAGCAACCUUUUAUGUCUUUUCACAUUUCCCCCUAAGAUUCCUCAUCUCAAGGCCACCAGUCCAUAAUCAUCACCCUGGAAAUCCUCAGCUUAGUUUAAGUUGCACAAAAGGUAGUGUGUCCAGUGGUUAGAGGAUGGGAAGGGAGGAGGUCAGACCAGACCAGACUCUCAGGAAUUCCCUGCUUUCCACUGGGCCACCCACUUGCUGGACAGUCUGAGCUAAGUCCCUCCUGCUGGAGAAAAGUGUAGAACUGCCUCAAGAAGCAAAAGGGAAAACCCUCAAGUUAGUUUGUCAGCAGGAUGUCCACAUGUUCCACCCGGAAAGGCUGGGAAAAGGGAUGGGAGCUGGGAAGGAUCUGGGGGAGGGAAACAAGGGAGCAGGAAGCCAGAAGGUAGAAAGUAGAACUCAGAACUUGAGUUUGAACUGAAGAAUUUGGAAUACAGAAAUGGGAAGAUAGAACAGGUGACAGAAGACCACUUGGGGAGGGGUUCCGAAUACAAGACAGUUGGAGAGAAGGGCACCUCUUUCUCCUCACAUAAUGAGGAUGAGAUCUUGGACAAGUUGUUCCAGCCCCUCUGGGCAGGGAGUGUUUCUACUGCCCUCCUACAGGCAGAGCUAUGGGCUAGGUCCCAUAUACCCCUCACCCCACAUUCCAUUUCUCCCUUUUCACAUUCUGUCAGCCCAACCCUCAUUCUACUGGGCCAUCGGGUGUGUGGAGUGGGGGUCAGUGACUGUGGGGGCCACCUCAGUGAGCCUGCACACCUCUUGAACCUCUAGGUAGCUUGAUUCUGCCCUCCCUUUCAGGAAAACUUGUGCUGGAAUCGCUGAUGGAACCAA